AUGAGCAACUACUCACCCUUUUUCACAUUGAGGCAAGAUGUAACUGGAAGGAAUGGUCUAUCACCACUCCAAAAGUGCACCGCAGCUAUUCGACAGUUUGCAUAUGCGGCUCCCGGUGAUUCAUUUGAUGAGUACAUGCGGAUGGGUGAGAGUACUGCUUUGGAAUAUCUACAUGAAUUUUGCAGGAGUAUGAUUGCUGUUUAUGGUGAUCGAUAUUUGAGGACUCCAAAUGCAUUAGAUACUGAACGCUUGCUACAAAUGCAUGAAGAAAGACAUAGCUUCCCGGGAAUGCUGGGAAGCCUCGAUUACAUGCAUUGGGAGUGGAGGAAUUGUCCAGUCGCAUACAAAGAAUACUAUACACGAGGCGAUCAUGGCGUUCCUACAAUAGUUCUUGAAGCGGUGGCAUCGGCAGAUUUGUGGAUAUGGCAUGCUUUCUUUGGCGUCGCCGGAGCAAGCAAUGAUAUCAAUGUUCUUCAUGGAUCUCCAUUAUUUAAUCAAUUCCUUCAGGGAAAUGCCCCACCAGUUCAAUUCACUGUGAAUGGUCGGAUGUAUAACAAAGGAUACUAUCUGACAAAUGGAAUUUAUCCAACUUGGGCUUCAUUCGUCAAGAGUUACCCAGCACCAGGAGAUCCGGUCAGAGGAAAAUUUGCGCAAAGACAAGAAGCUGCAAGAAAGGACGUUGAACGAGCAUUUGGAGUGCUACAAGCUCGUUGGGCGGUAGUUCGAAAUCCCGUGCGAUCUUAUUUUAAGGAAGACCUUCGCAAUAUAAUGCUCACAUGUAUUAUUUUGCACAACAUGAUCAUUGAGGAUGAGGGUGAAGAAGCGGUCAACUGGUCUGACGAAGAUGCAACUCCUCAGCAACCAAUACCAAUGGGUACUAACAAUUGGGAAGCAUUUGAAAAUUAUCUCCAAAAUCACAAGGAUUUAACAAAUAAACAAGUCCAUCUCCAACUUCAACAUGAUUUAACACACAUAUUUGGGCACAAAUCAAUGUCGCGGAUGGCUAGAAUUAAGUAA